GUUGUUAAUUGUUAUCGGCCGUCAAUUAUUGCUGUGUUUUAUAGUGUAGUGUUGUGACUGUAGGUCGUGGAGUUCAACAGCUACUUCUGAUGAAAUGAUGAUGAACAGGUUCGCGGAAAAAAUGUUUUCCAAAUAGGUGAUAUUAAUCGCUUAUUGCUACGCAUCAUACUUUUCUGCACUAGCGCAGCGGACAUGUGCCACGAAGUAUGUGUCUCACCGCUAUAUAAAAAUGGUGAUGAACUUUAGAAACUAUGAUUUUUAAAUUAUGUCGACAGUAAUAGAUGACAAGAAAUCGAUAAGAAUGGUUGGCCCUAAAGUUUCACAAAUUGCCAACAUUUUCCAGCGACCCUCAGUGAAUAAGGAUACUGAUAUAAUGACAAUUAACCAGAUUACUUCUCCAACACUUGAAAGAAAACUUUCUACUAAACUUGAUACUCCUACCCAAGUAACUGUAGUUAGAACUGAGAGUCAUUUGGCAAGGUUUAAUAAUGCUAGAGCUUUAUUUGAGAAGCUGGGUACUGGUGAACCCAAAACUACUUUACUUGAAAAAAUUAAGCAAAGUAAUUCUCAAGAUAAUAUUUGUGCAAAUUCAAGAUCUCCUAGUCCUCCAUCAGUUAAUUUAAAAGUUAGUAAUGCAGUCGGUACCAUAAAUCAUUCACAACUAAAUGGUAAUAAAUUUGUUGAAAAACCUAUAAAACCAGAUAAGCCUGAAAAAAAAUUUAAUAGUCGCGAAUUAAUCGAAAAGCAAAAAAAUUGGACAUCACAUUUUUCAAAAUCUCCAAGGUCUUCCAACUCUAGGUAUAAUAGUGAUCCUAGUCCAAAUGAAGUAAGAGGAUGGAUUCCAAACAUAAAACCUGAAGGUAUUUCAAGAACAGCAUCUAUAUCAUCUAUUAAUCAAAAUGAUAAUUUUUCUCCAAUAACAUCAUCCUCUUCUUUAAUUAUAAAUAAUGAAACUAUUAUUGUGGAUACUAAAAAUAUAAACUUUAAAAGUAAUAUUCCAAAUGGCGAAUUCAAUAAAAAUAUAAUUGAUACAAACAUUUUAAUACCUUUUGAUAAUAAGCCAAUUGAAAGUAACUCAUUCAAAACAAAUUUAGAAGAUCAUGUUGGUAAAACUCAAAAAAAUCAUGUGACUGAUAAACAAAUUACCAAUAAGGAGUUGGAAGAUAUUAAAUCAGUUGAAAUAUUAGACACAUCUGACUCACUUAUGAAUAUAGAAAUAACUCACAAAUUUAAUGACCAAGAAUUUGAUAAAAUUAUUGAUGAAAUCAGUGUGAAUUUAUCUGAAGUCAAUUCAUCUACACCUAAAGUUCAGUUUAAUAUUGGAGAUACUACUGGUUUACCAGAAGAAAUUAUGCAGUUAGAAAAUGAAGGUGAUUCUGGAUUUAUAUCUUCAGAGGUUGUUAACAUUCAAGAGUUAAAUAAAGUAAUAGCAAAUACACAAGCAAGUGAACAGUUUCCUGAUGGAAAUAAAAAGCAAAGUGUGGUAAUAUCUUUAAAUGCAAACAAUGAAUGUGCAAAAAAUAAUUUAGAAAUUACUGAUCUUGAAUUUGGACAGCCAGAUAUGAUGACACCAGAUGAAGCUGAGCAAUUGCUUAGUUCAAAAAUUCUGGAAAAAAAAAGUAUAAGUCAAGAUAAUCUUUUGUCCGAUGAAGAAGCUAAAGAAAUAAAAAUAUUACUUUCCCCAACUGAUGACCAGUUAAACACUUCUGAUUGGAUGAGUGAGAUUUUAUCGGUCGAAUCAAGUGAUUGUACCAAUGAAAGUCAAGAAAUUAAUGAAACUAUUGAAAAUUAUAAUAUGGAUGAUUUUCAAGUGGAUGUUUCUUUAGAACAAAAUUUUAAUAAAUCAAAAACUGAAACUUCUGUGAAAAAUGAAACUGUUGAUUCUGAAGGUAUUGAAGUUGAUGGAGAUUCGCAUAAGUUGAAUGAAUUUAUUCCGCAGCCUACAAAGGAGAUUUUUGAGGAAGGAGGUGUUCAUUAUUAUGAAGAUGGUCAUUUUUGGAUGGAAGUUCCUGGACUACCAGAACGUGAUUCUGAUGAUGAAUGUCAUAUUGAUAUUAAACAAAAUAUGAAAGUGAAAUUCAGUAUUGAUCCUAUUAAAGUUUACAGCACAUUCUCUAUGGAUGAAUAUGAUAGACGCAAUGAAGAUGUUGAUCCUGUUGCAGCUUCAGCAGAAUAUGAAUUAGAAAAAAGAGUAGAACGUUUAGAUUUAAUGAAAGUCACUUUAUUAAAAGGUCCUGAAGGUUUAGGCUUAUCUAUAAUUGGAAUGGGUGUUGGUGCUGAUACAGGUCUUGAAAAACUUGGUAUUUUUGUGAAAACUAUAACACCUAAUGGUGCUGCUGCUACAGAUGGUAGAAUACAAGUAAAUGAUCAAAUAAUAGAAGUAGACAAUAAAUCAUUAGUUGGAGUCACUCAAGCUUAUGCAGCAUCAGUUUUAAGAAACACUUAUGGUCAAGUAAAUUUUGUUAUUGGAAGAGAAACUGAUCCUGAAAAUAGUGAAGUUGCUCAUCUCAUUCGCCAAUCAUUGGAAGCUGAUCGAGAAAGAGAUACUCAAAGACGCCAAUUAGAACAUUCAUUGAAUCAACAGUUAUUUAGUAAUGAUCAAAAUGAAUCAUCAAGUGAAGAUUUGAGUAAAUCUGAAGAAACCAACAAUGUUCAAUCUUUAAGAGAGUUAUUGCAAGAAAUUGAAGAGUUAGAAUGGAAUGGAAUAAGUAAUAACAAAAAAGAAAUAUCUGACAAACUUAUUCAGACAGGAUUACAUCUUAAUGAAAUAGACAAAUGUUUAUAUGUCACUAGAAGAGAUAAAGAAACUUAUCAAGCUAUGUUGCAAACAUCAGAGGAACGUUAUGUAAAUCUGGAAAAAAAAUAUUUGAAAUUGAAAAAGAUUCUUAAAGAGUUUCAACAACGAGAAGCUGAUUUAAUACAUAAAGAAGAAUAUUAUUUAGAAGUUUUACAAGAAAAAGAUACUGAGUAUAAUGCUUUAGUUAAAGCACUCAAAGAUCGGGUUAUACAAGUUGAACAUGAACUUCUAGAAACUCAACGUCGAGCAGGUUUUCCAGUUCAACUACCAUUAAAUACAACCAGCACAAGUCAUUACUUAUCUACCUUAACUCCUCUUGCCAAAAAAGCAAAAGCUUCACCAGUGACACCAUUACUUCAACAAUUGGGAGCAGAAUUAUCAGAAACUGAGGAUAACCUUGAAGAUGAAAAAGUUGGUACAGUUGAACGAAAAUUACCCAUUAAAGAAGAACUGGACCAUGCUGUUCCUCAACAUGAACUUUUAGAUGUAUCUUUAUCAAAAAGUAAAGCUGAAUUAGCUGCAAGGGGUCUUGCUACAAGGCAAUUACCUACAAAUCUUCGAAAAUCUUUAUCAAAUACUAGUUUGGAUUACAACAACAUUGAUGAAACCAAUAACUCUUAUGAAAAUAAACCAAUAGUUCCAUUGAACAGAUCAAAUAAUACAAACAUCAUUAGUUUAAAUAUUCAAGAACAAAUGCCUCAGUAUGCAUCUGUUCAAAAAUCACAAGUUCAACAUGCUGAUCAUUUUUUAUCUAAAGUUCAACAAUCAACUCACUGUCGUAAUUUAAAUGGACCUCCACCAUCAUUAGCUGAACAACUCAAAAUUGUACUUGCUGAACGAGAAUCACGUUUAUCAGAGUCAAAUUGUGUUUAUACUUCUGAUCAUAAUAGUUCAACAAGUUCAUUUGCUGAUGAGAUUAGAGAAGCUAGUCAAAAUUUAAAAAAAGCCAAUGUCCAAUGGCAACAACACACCACACAAAUAUCUCAAAGCUCUCCUUCAUCAGUGUCUUCAUCUGAAAGUGUUUCACCUGGUCAUAUGGUUUCAGAUUUGAAUAAUUCAAAAGCAACUGGUUCAUCCGAUUCUAUCGAUUUAUGGACACCUCCGCAAUCAUCUGAUAAUUCUUUUUCUGAGAGGAAAAAUUCUCAUGUUUGGCUUAAUGCACCAGUUCAUGAAUGGUCUAAAGAACAAGUUUGUCAAUGGCUUUUGGCAUUGGGUCUAGAACAAUAUAUUGCUAAGUUUAUGGAACACCAGGUUUCUGGGGUUGGACUGCUUAACUUAGAUACUAAAGAUUAUAAAAAUUUUGGUAUUAUUGGUGAUGAUAAAAAUCGAUUAAAGCGUAAACUUAAAGACCUCAAAUCACAAGCAGAUAAAGAAAAACGACACACAGAAAAAGAGAGAAAGGAAAAAGAACGCCUUCAAAGAAAAGCAGAAAAAUUAGCUGAAAAAGCGAGUAAACGUAAAUAAUCUUGCCUUCUAGUAUUUUUGUUCUUUUACUUCUAGUCUAUAGAAUAAGUGUUUAGUUUUCCAUUUGUGGAAAGAAAAUUUUUGUGGAAUCAAUUUUUUGCUUGUAAUAUUUUUACAAAAAUAUUGUAUUAUUAAAAUACUUAAACAAACAUUUUUACUAAUUGAAUCAAAUUUAUUGCUCAGUAAUUUUAAGUGUUUUUUUUUUUUAAUAAAUAACAGUAUUAGAAAUGUAUACUAUUUUAUAAAAUCUUCAUUAGAACAAUUUUUAAAUAUUCAUUUAAAAAAAAUAAAAUUAACUUAAUGAAUAAAUAAAUAUAUAAUAUUUAUAUAAACAUGUAAAAAUUACAAUUUUUAUACAUAAAUGUUCAUUGAAUUUAAAUGUUUUUAAAUAAUAAUACAAUCUUAAUUUUUACAUGAUCAAAAAAUAUUCUUAAAAAUAACUGGAUUUCUAGUCUUAAAACUACUUAAACACAAAUAUUUUGUAUUUAUACAAUAUUUUUAUGUAUAUAAAUUUGCAGAAGAAUAAUUUACUUGUAUAAAUUAUCAAUUUGCUUGAAUAAUAACAUAUUUUUUUAUUAAAACUUCUUAAUAAAUACAUUAUUUUAACUUUUUAUCAAAAAUAUUAAUUUAUAAAAAUUAGAUUUUCCUAGAAAAAAUAUUAUUAUCUUUCAAACUUUAUGCAACAUUAAAAAAAUUUCAUAAGAUAUUAUUAAUGAGACUUGAAUAGCGAGUUGAAUCCACAAAAAAUGUUAUAUGAACUGAAUGUUUUUAUUUAUUAAGUGAUUUUUUAUUUUGUAAAUGAAUACUAUUAUUUAUUUAUUGAUGCUAAAGCAUGUAGUAAAAAUUGUUGUACUUAUGAUCUUAUUUUUUUUAUUGUUUUUUAAUUAUCAAUUUUGUAAUGUAACAUAAGUUUACGUCUCAGUCUUAGAAUGUAAUCAUUUAUUUGUACUAUAAAAAAUACAACUAUUUGAACAAUUCUCAUA